GGAAGAAUCUCCUUCAACUUGUUUUACACAUGCAUUGUUUUCUCCCAUUGUGCUGAACUAGCAAGGCGCCAGAAAUAGCCAUCACGCUCGGCUCUUGAUGGUGCACAAGUUGAGCCUCAAAUCCAGCACCCCAUUAAUGACGUCACCCCAGACCGACGUCACCAUGUCGCGGCAUAAGGUAUCACACCACAGGAAACAGCCAGUACACCCGCCAGCACAACACAAAUCCUACACCACAACCAUGUCUUCCUCCUCGAGCAACCCCAACACCAGCAGCACCAACCAGCCUACCGAGAACCCAGGCCUGAUCUCCUCCCACGCCGAGUAUAUCAAGGGGGCAGCUGAGUCCGCAAUCGGCGACAUCUCGGGUUCCCACGCCUGGAAAACCUCGGGCGAGCAAGACAAGGCCCACGCCCGUGCUUCACUCAAUCAAGCGACCCAGAACCGUGACCCGGCCACCUCGGGAUAUGGGAAAGUGGAGGAAGUUGCCGGCAAGCUGACGGGAUGCGAGGGCAUGAGGAGGGAGGGCGCUGCCAGCGCUAGCAAGCCAAAUCAGGAGUAAUUGAUACGAUAAUAGAGCUUAAGAGUUUGUGUACGAUAUGUCAAAAGGUCACAUCAUGUCAGAAUAAUGGAAAUGUAAUGCAAAUAUGUGU